AUGCUUUGGUGCAGAAGAAAGCACAGCCUGCACUCACACUUGUGCUUCCAAGGUAGGCACUGCUCCACUGGCAGCUCCUAAGGGCAGCUGCUCCAAGGCACUUCCUGCUCCUGGGCACUCCUAAGGAUCCGCCUCCCAGCAGGGCUGGCUUUCAAACAGGCACAACCAGAUUCCCCAGGCACAAAGUAAUCAAUUUGCCUGUCUCCUGCAGUUGCAGAAGGCAGUUUCACUCUAGCACUCCUGAGGAUGAUCACACUUGGUCAACAAUAGAAGAAGCAGAAGGAAUGAAGGAAAUACUUCAUGGAAUGUUGCUCUAGACACGUUGCCUAGGGAAUAUUCUGGAAAAAUGUUUUUGGGAUUAUACUGAAGCUUAACCUCCGGGGUUCCUGUGUAAAGAAUAAAAGCCACCAGCACGGGAUUCAGAGUGCAACCAAACAAAAAAGAUAUUGGAAUUAACUUCCUGCAUUGCAAGAGGGGAGGAGAGAAAAAAAAAAAAACAGGAAAGAAUCCUGACCACAAAAACCAUGAGAGAUCGUCUGCAAGAGCUCAAACUGAGGGCUAAGGAACUACAGAUGGGUGGGGGAAACAAUGGUGCAACUGUACAAGAAGAGGAGCAGGAGGAGUUUGAACAGCAGGCCAUUAUUUAUGAAAAAGAGCCCAUAACUGAAAGGCAUUUGCACGAAAUCCAGAAGCUUCAGAACGAAAUUAAUAAUCUGGUGGAAGAAGUCAAUAAAUUCAGCCAACAACAAAAAAGCCUCGUGUCUUCAAUGAGAAGAUUCAGCGUUCUCAAAAAGGAAUCUAACAUAGCGAGGGAAAUCAAAAUCCAAGCAGAACAGGUACGCAAAGGUUUGGAUGAGCUGGCAAAAGCAGUGAGGAAAGCUGAGAAUGAGCACGGGCCAGCACGAGCCACGGUGAGGAUCCUGGCUGCCCAGCACGCCUUCCUGUCCCACCGCUACCUGCAGGCCAUGCUCGCCUACAACCAGGCCAUCACCGCCAAGCAGGACAAGUGCAGGACCUUCAUCCUCCGCCAGCUUGAGGUAGCUGGCAAAGAGGUGUCUGAGGAGGAGGUCAAUGACAUGCUCCAGCAAGGAAAAUGGGAGAUUUUCAAUGAAAAUCUACUCACUGAAGUCAAGAUUACUAAAGCUCAGCUGUCAGAGAUUGAGCAGAGACACAAAGAACUGGUCAAUCUGGAGAACCAGAUCAAAGACGUGAAAGAACUCUUUAUCCAGAUCUCGCUUCUGGUGGAGGAGCAAGGGCAGAUGAUCAACAACAUAGAAAUCUACAUGAACAAUGCUCAAGAAUAUACUCAAGUAUCAAAAGAAAAGUUUGGGCUUGCAGUCAGGUAUAAAAAAAGAAACCCUUGCAAAGCAAUUUGCUGCUGGUGCUGUCCAUGCUGCAGAUGACACCAGAAAUGAACUGCUUGAAAUACCAAUGGUUCCUCCACACCAAACUGAUCUUGGAAAGCACUCUUGGAAUCCCUCAACUGCUUCACUUUUCUCCCCGUUUUCCCUUCAGCAGAGCUCUCAGGAAAAACUGCAUCUGUUUUUCAAGCCAGAGUAAAGAAUUUUAUGGUUUUUACAGAAACACGUGAACUACAGGAAAUGAUCAAAGGAUAAAAGUGACUUUUUUUUUUUGGUUCUUAUAAACUUCUUCAAAGUUUAGAAGUUCUAAAGUUUAGUUUGGUUCUUCAAACUAAAUCAGUGUGGCAAGAAACUCCCUGUGCUGUUGGGAAGCAUUGAAAAUACUGUUAAUCACGGACAGGAUUCAUAAAAGUGUUUUAUUUACUUUUCUCAAAAUAAUAAUAAGUAUUUUUAAUUGCCUUGUGGUAUUUUUUAGCAUUUAUAUUUACUUGCUCAAAUUCCAUUUUGUUUUUUCCCCAGGAAUAUGAAAUUCUACAAAACAAAUCCACACAAUGCAGACACCAUUAGUAACAAUCCAGAAUGCGAUGCCUAGACCAGACAAGAGGUCAGAAAACUUAUCAGGAAUGUCUCAAUACUACCUCUAAGGAAAAGUUCAUAAACUUUUCAUAAAUUGACACAGGGAUACUUAGAUUAUUCAGCUCUACAGGCAGAGCUCUAGCAGGAUAGGGGAAUAUGAUCCCUAAUUACACUCUCACAAGGCAGAUUCUUAAUGCUGCCUAUCCUACCUGAAUACACAGUCACAUCUGCAGUCUCAUUUUUGCUAGCACAAAAAUUAAUGAAAAAAUAGAAUAAAAAAUAGAUCUCCAUCCUUACACCCCCUACUCCUCCCCCCAUAAUCUAGAACCAGAGAAUGAUUUAGGUUGGAAGGAACCUCCUGUAACCAACUCCUUUUGGAACUGAGUGAGAAACAGCUCUCCAUGCAAUUUAACAGACAACAGCACUGUAACUGAGCCAAAAAAGUUAUAUCCAAAAAGAAAUUUAAAAAAAAAUUUGCACACUAAAACCAAACAGAAACCAGAAAUGUAUUCCUGAACUGUGUUGUGCUGUGCAAAGACACUUUAUUUGGAUAGUCAGAGAAGCCAGAACAAACUGCACUGCUACUCAGCAAGACACUAAGUGAACUGGAUGGCUUUAGUUGCAUGUAGUGGGGAAAAAACCAAUCUACUAUCAAAGUCAUUUUCACAUUGUGGUAUUUAGAAAGAGUUGGAUUCCUUCCAUCCCAGAUUAAAAUUGCAACUGCUAUCAAAAUACAAUCAAAGGUCUGAACUUUAAAGUAAAAAAUCCUAUUUACACAGUAGCAACAAAAAAUAAACUUAAAUGAUGACAUCACUGAAACUAUUUCAUUAAAUAACCUCCCCUUAACACAGCAGAAAUUAGCCAAUAGACUAGAACUGUACUUCCAAUAGUGGAAUAAAACUCAAGUUUUCAAAAUUCAAGUUUUAAUACUUAGGAAAACAGCUGCCCAACUAAGUCAUUUCCAGAUGUAAAUUGGUUAGAAACAGGUGAAACAGAUAAAACACACUGAAGGAGAACUGGGAAGUGAGAAAGACUUGUGGAGAACUUUUCCUUGAUAAGGGGAUAAUAUUAACUGAAAAUAAAUAGUAUUAAAUAACACUAUUAACUACAGUUUGCACUGAAUUUGAUAUUGAGCAUUCAAAAUUAUUAGCAGCAGAAAUCUGCAGUAAUCACUAAAGUAACUUUCCAGUGUUUUCAGUAGUUACAUAAAUAUGCAGAAAAACAAACAAAUGAAAGCCUAGCUAUAAGUGUUCUAUGAAGAAAAGUGAAACAUUAAUAGCUAUAAUCCCUUAUCACCAAAAUAACAGGUAGAAAAUAGCUUUCUCCUAACAAAACACCUUCCCAAAAAUCUCCUUGGUAUAAAAUAUCAGUCACGGCACAUGGAUUUGCAUUUCCUCAUGUACAUGCUCCAUGUCAACUUAAAAAAAACAAAAACAAAACAAAGACUCCAAACAAACACUACUAAUCCCAAACAAAACCAGCAUUUGCCUGCAUAAUAUGAUGUCUUUGUACUCCUUUCUGAUAAAAGAAAGGACAAAAAUAAUCUUAAGUGAAGAAAAUUUAAACUUGUAUAUAAGUCUUGAGGAUGCUGCCAGAAGAAUUUAUCCAUAAACAUAAAUUAGGUGAUAACACUGAACAGCAAAAAAACCCAAUUGAUACGUUUAACAUCUGUAAUUUAUACCAAGAGACAGCAAAAGACAAUACUAUCAACACUUGAGAAAAAUGGUCUUAAAAUUAUUCUGUGACACCUCCAUGGGAAGCAGUAAAUAACAACAUGGAAGAGCAGCAAUUAAACAUGUAGAAAAUAUCACACUGAACACCAGAUUUCUCAUAUUACUAUAUUUCUGUGAUAUAGAGUAUUUAGCACCACGUUUAUGUCCUCAUUGUGCAAUUCAGCCUAUUCUGCAUGGAUUAAAAUGCACUAAUUAAAACAUGUAGCAAGGUAUUAGGGAACUUAUUGCUACAUAGGUAGCAAGUAUCUCAUUAUUAAAAAACAAAACCAAAACAUCCACAAACAAAAUCUGAACAUUAAAAUUAAUAUUAAAAAGGCUAAAUUUCAGCAUAAGUUUGGAAAUCUGACAAUACAGGAAAGAAUUCUUAACUCAAGAGGCAGGCUCACACAGGAGCAUAAGCCAAAGAACUACUGGAUCCCUCCACAGAACUGGGAUGAUGCAAAAGCAAAUUCUGAUCAAAGCCCUGAAGUUUAAUCUAAUAAAAA